GAAGCCGGUCAAACAAAUCUAGUAUUUCAAAACACUUCUAAAAGUGUUACUGAAAAUUUGAUAGAAAUUGAAUCGAUUCUGCCCAAUGUUGUGUGAGAGUUUUUCAUUACAUUUUAUCAUUAAACAUAGAGAAGGAAAAAAAUUAGUUCCGUGUGCUUAAAUAACUUUAAUUUUAACGCAUCCGAUGGCGUUCUCCACACAAAAAGAGUUCUAUUAUGUGCCGUUCAUGAAUCAAUCCUACGAUUCUGAAUGCCAAGAAGUUUGUGUAAAGCUAAAGAGCUACCAUUCGACUGUAGAUGACAGGUCUUGGGCAGCAGAUGUACACAAGAAAUCGCGAUUUGUAGCAGAUUUGAUUGCUUGCAAUACACCAAUAGAUGGUCGUCGAGUACAGGGUAUUGACCACGGAGGCGUUUCUUCAAUGGCUGGACCGACAAAAGGUAUUAACAAUCGACCCUCAGUAGAAACGGCGAAAAAUAGAGGUGGAGAAGUUUUUUCUAGUAGUGGUAGCCAAUCAAGCGGAUAUGGUAACGAAGCUGUUAGUCAUGGUGCUCAAUAUAGUGAUAGUCUGCUAGAUGGUGACAGUCUAAUAACUGCAGCUGAUGCCACAAUUAUCGGUAUGCAUGAAUUAAUGGUAAAAAAUAAUAUCCUUCCUCGCCAAAUAAUUAAGUCUGAUGACAAAAUUAAAACAAGCAAAAAUAAAAAUGACGAUAUCAAACGUAUUUUAUCCCAGCGGUGCGAUCCAGAAAAGAUCGAGGCUAUUCAGAAAAAGAUUAAAAAGUUAGCUGAUGCUAAAAGUAUCUCUCCUGCUGACGUCAUAGAUCUCAACGACUUGCAAAAGUUUAUUGAAGACAUGGUCAAAGCCCACGACAUUCUCAAGGCAGAAAAUGCCAUACUAAGGCGACUUAUUGAGAAACAAUCCAAGCGUUGCACAAUGGAAUCUUUGAUAAUAGACCCAGAAAAAAACAAUGACAUUCCAUUUCUCCAAAAUAAGAUAGAUAGCCUCUCCAAGGAAUUAAAUAUGCUACGUAAGGCAGAAGAUAAGCAGCUUAAGUCUACCAAAUUAGGCGCACACGUUGGGGACUAUAAUUUAGACAGUAAUGCUGACACAGUAUUUUCAAAGGACACAGGUCUAGAUAACAUUAAUAAGAUUAUUGCAGAGCGAAACGCACUGCGUAAGAAAAUUGAGGCAUUAUCUGAUCUUGAAAUUAAAGUAAACGAACUGCAGCAAAAGGCCAAUUUGGCGGAAGGCGUCUCUGAUGACCUAUCUCGAAAUUUAAAUGAACAGGAUCAGUAUAUAAAUGAUAUGGAGAACGAGAUUCAGGAAAUGCAGAAAUAUUAUGAAUCUGAGGUAGACAAGUCUAAAUGCAAUGAGGCUUUUUUAAAAUGUCGCUGUGAUGACAUGAGACAACAGCUAAUGACGGCCAAGUGCGCGGCUCAGCGCGCUGAAUGUCAGGUUAUGGAGAUUGAUGUGUUGCGGGGAGAAUUGCGUAAGCGAGACAAUGCUUUAAAUGCGUAUGACUGCCAAUACCAACAACUAAUGAAUAUUGUUUGCGACCUCAACAAGAAGUUUACGAUUCGGCCGAGUAAUUGUGUUGGUUCGUCUUUCGAGUGUCCAGAUGUUGGCGACGAUUUAGCAGUUUACACAGGGGCAACACUCGAUCACAUUAUGAACGAACUAUGUAAUCAGGCAGAUUGCUUUAAACAAAUUAAUCUAAGGAAGUCGCCAGGAGCACCCCAUAUAAGUUCACUAGAUGACUGCUCGAGGGAAUUGGAUCGUCUUAAGGACAUGAUUUUUCAAAAGGAUGGUCAGCUAGAUAAGUUGAUAGAAGAUAACGAAUGUCUUUGUCAGGAUGCCGCUGACAACAACAACCGCUUAAGUGAAUUGGAUCGAAAGGUUCAGCAAUUGGACGAGGAUACGAAAUUUAUGGAGGAUGGUAUGCGGGAGAGUAUAGGUCUUAUUCAGGACAUUGGGCAUGUGGCUAAAGAAAACGAUAGCCUCAAAGAUCAGUUAAAUAAUUUUAAAGUCACGGAAGCAAAUAAACUCUUGAAAAGUUAUCAGGAUCAACUCGAGGAAUGCCAGUUAAAGAUGCAUAUGUUGCAGGAAAUUAAUAAAAAACUCAGCGAUGCUUUAGAUAAUAUAGGCGGCGAUCCUAAGUCAAUACAGAAAGAAUUUGAUGAAAGAGAAAAUCUGAGAAAAGUUGACGAAAAAAGACAUAAACAAUGGGGAAAGAUACAAGACGAGGAUCUUAGGUCACCGUAUCUUCAGGACACUACAGAGAUAAAAAAGGAAGUUGAACUUGGAAACAAAUCGGAAGAAAGGCGUAGAGAUGGACCCGGGGAAAACCGUAGACUCGAAAAAACGGAACAAGAUGAAAGCAAAGAACAAAGCGGUGUAACGCCAAAGGACAAUAUUCGAGAAAUGUCAGAAGAAGAGCGAGAAUUAGGCUUAAAGCAAAAGGUUCGACCUGAUACCAACGAAAAGCAUGAGCCUAAACCAAUUGCCAAACUUGAUAAUGUACCAGAAAAAUUGGAAAAAGAUACUACAGAUAUACCCAAAGAAACACAAAAAAAUAGAAAAGAGCUUGACAAUGAAAAAUAUCAGAAUCAAGAAAUGAAUCGAUAUAAGGAAAAGGAAAAGCCUGAAGGCAAAUCCGAAGCGAAUAGAACAAAUAUGCCCGCAGUUAGGGGUAAUGCAAAAGAAAGUGAAAACUCACAAGAUAAUUAUGAAGAAAAAGAAAGGGUUGAGCCCAAACAAGAACAUAUGAAUAAAAUUGCGAUCAAUGAGCAUGGGACUUUAGUCGUUCCUGUAGGGGAAAAACCAAAGAUAUCGGAUGCUUCUAGAGAAACUAAUGACAAGUAUAAUCUUGACGGAAGGUUAGAAAAAAUUUCAAGAAAAACUGAAAUUGAGUCUGACGAUGAAUUUAAAAAAGAAAAAAAGCGUAUUUAUGAAGGUGAAAAGGGGGAAUACAAAAAAGGAGAAUACAAAAGAGUUCCAAUGCUACCUGGUAAUACAUCAAAUUCCAAGUCUGUCCAGAAUCAACAACUUAAAGGUUCAGAGAUAAACGAUCAGCAGUUAGUAGGUUCAGGGAAAAGGAAUGUAAGACUAAAGGGGACUCAUGAGGAUGAUAUGCCUGGUGACGGUAACGCAGUUAGUUUACAUUACGGAAGAGUUAGGGACCGAACCGGAGGACAAAGACGUCAGCAACAUACGGCACGCGACCUAAAACAAAAUACUUCCGAACAGUUUGACGAAUUUGUAAAACAUACCGUCCAGUCGUUGUCGGCCGGAGAAGUUGAUGGAGUUGGCUUAGAAAAAGAGCUUCGUAAAAUUCUAGACAUGUUCAUCGAGGAGUGCGGUUUUUGCUUCUGUAAGUGCAAUAUACCAAAAAGUCGUUUCUACGCCAUUUGUCAUAAGCUCUACCAUCAUGGGUUGCACACUCUGGACUUUAAGGAACUAGGCUACAUGCAUAAACGAAUUUUUGCUGCUGCAGAAAAUAUUCUACCUGGAUGUCUAUUUAACACAAUUAUAAGGGAUAUUAACAGUGGUAAAAAUAUAUCGCAACUAACACCUGUGGCUCUAACAAUGUCAAAUCAACAGUGCUGCAGUUGCAAGAGCACAUUAUGCUGUGAUCCUAACGAGGAAAAACUUAUGCUCAAAGUUGUGCGCCUUGAGCAGGAUAUCGAAAACGCAAAAUUUUGUCUUCAAAAUUUAAAGAGUAUCCCAUCAAAUCUGUCCAUUUCAAAUUAUAAUAUUGGACCAGGUGAUUGCACUACUGAAGACACUACCCCCAUUCGAAAUACCCAUCGACACUCCAAGCAAAUAAGAGAACUCAAACAACGUUUUGUCAUCCAUCAGAACUCCUGUUAGUCUAAUUUUUCUCUUGAACUUGCAUAUAUUUUGGAUAUCACAUACCUAAGUAUUUCGUAGAAGCCGUUUGAACUCAACCACGAAAAUUCUUUGUAAAAUUAGCUGUUCUUUGAUUUACAAAUAAAUGUGUUUUUUGAACA